UUUCAGCUGAGAAAAUGGCGGCUCGUGGUAGCUUCCAGACGCCGGCGACUGGAGGCGGUGGUGGAGGAAUGGGCCCGGGACCUCCAGUAACCGGUGGUGCACCGGGAAUGGGCCCAGGGACUCCGUCUGGAAGAAUGGGACCCUCGACUGGCGCACAGAACCAUCUGUACCGUUCGCCGAUGCCCGGGCCCGGAUACCCGAGACCUGGAAUGCCACCAUCAAACCGGAUGACUCCUCAAGGCCCGUCGAUGGGACCCCCAGGCUAUGGCGCUAGCCCCGUGUCACGGCCCGGUAUGCCAGUCAUGGACCCAUCCCGAAAGAGACCUGCCCCCCAGCAGAUACAGCAAGUGCAGCAACAGAGCCGCAAUCAACAUGCCAAGAAGAAGAAGAUGGCUGAUAAAAUUCUACCUCAGAGGAUCAGAGAGCUGGUCCCAGAGUCUCAGGCUUACAUGGACUUGCUGGCAUUUGAAAGGAAACUUGACCAGACAAUAAUGCGAAAAAGACUAGACAUACAGGAAGCACUGAAAAGACCCAUCAAGCAAAAGAGAAAACUUCGCAUUUUUAUUUCCAACACCUUCAACCCAGCAAAGCCAGAUGCAGAGGAUGGGGAGGGCACUGUUGCCUCAUGGGAACUUCGAGUGGAAGGGCGACUGCUGGAGGAUACUGCUGUGUCCAAGUAUGAAGCCACUAAACAGAAGAGGAAAUUCUCUUCUUUCUUCAAAUCACUGGUGAUCGAGUUGGAUAAAGACCUCUAUGGGCCUGAUAAUCACUUGGUGGAGUGGCACAGGACCGCCACCACACAGGAGACGGACGGCUUCCAGGUGAAGAGGCCAGGCGAUGUGGGUGUGCGCUGCACUGUGCUGCUCAUGCUGGACUACCAGCCUCCACAGUUCAAGUUGGACCCUCGUCUUGCUCGCAUUUUGGGAAUCCACACUCAAACACGACCUGUCAUUAUCCAAGCGCUGUGGCAGUAUGUCAAAAAUCACAAACUGCAGGAUCCCCACGAGAGAGAAUUCAUCAACUGUGACAAGUAUCUGCACCAGAUAUUUGAAACCCCACGUAUGAAGUUCUCGGAAAUCCCGCAGCGCCUGCAUGCCCUGUUGAUGCCCCCGGAGCCAAUCAUCAUAAACCAUGUGAUCAGUGUAGACCCCAAUGACCAGAAGAAGACCGCUUGUUACGACAUUGAUGUGGAGGUGGAUGACACGCUGAAGACACAGAUGAACUCCUUCCUGUUGUCAACUGCUAGCCAACAAGAGAUAGCUGGCCUCGAUAACAAGAUCCAUGAGACCAUUGAGACUAUCAACCAGCUGAAGACACAGAGGGAGUUCAUGCUGAGCUUUGCCAGAGACCCCCAGGGCUUCAUCAACGACUGGCUUCAGUCGCAGUGCAGAGAUCUCAAGACCAUGACAGAUGUAGUGGGAAAUCCUGAAGAGGAGCGGAGAGCAGAAUUCUACUUUCAGCCCUGGGCUCAAGAAGCUGUAUGUCGAUACUUCUACUCCAAGGUGCAGCAGAGAAGACAGGAACUGGAGCAGGCUCUUGGGAUCAGAAACACAUAGACCAGGAACUCAUUCUACUCACAUGUUUAACUGUCACUAUUCCAGGAGGCAGUGGGGUCUGUAGUGUUGCAACUCCAGUGUACUAGGGCUUUUCCCAUAUUUAAAACUUUUACUGAAAUAUAUAGACUCAGUGCUUGUGAAGAGUGAAUGGUGCCAAAUGUAGUCGGGCCAUUUUCUGCUGUAGCCAGAGAACAGCACAUUUCUUAUUCCUCCCGUGAUCCGCUGCCUUAAAAUAUUUUAAAUGGAUUCCCUUCACAAAUUGUGUGCUAUGCUUUAAGUCACCAUGUGCUGUAAACUCAAAAUGAGUGCUUUCUAACUUACCUCGGCAGUUCCACUGUACCUGGCCUGAGUACCUUUUCAUUUAGUUCGGUGCCCACAGAGGUUAAAGCUACUUUAUUCGCUAAACUUCUUUGCUCACUGUGUCAUGCUGUUGGACAUUAAAUUUAAAGGAAAAGUAAGCUGAAAUUCACAACUCUCAUGGGUGAUAUACUGUAUUUGAUAAUGACUGAAAUGGUUCUGUCUCCACAAAUGUUCCUUUAGGGGUUCUGAAUAUACAUUUCUGCUUAUUGGGCUGUCUGAAUUAGAUUGUCAUGGUGCCUGCAGCCCAGAGAAGAAGGAAUGUUAUGUUCUAGUGCAUCUGAAGUUUUGGGUUUUUUUUUUUUUUUUUUUUUUUUUUUGGUCCCUCCCUCCUUAAUGUAGCCAUCUUUUUGUAACAUAGUAGAGGUGUGGAAAAUUAUAGCCUGACAAUUAUACUGUUACCAGUUGUUCAAAGUAUUGUUCCCUAUAGUGAUUAUGAAUUGUAUUUAGUCCCCACAUAUCCUAAAUACUUAAAACUAGUUGAAGGUGGGAUUACCUGCAUAAUGAUAUGACAUGUUGGAUUGUCUUAAGGGGACCAUAAUGACGUUUUUAAACUUUGCCCUUUUUCCCUCUUGCUUUCUUUGGGUGGUGACUUGCCCAUCCUUGAAUCUUUAUGGACCAUUUUUAUGUUUCUGUAAUCAGCUGUUUAAAAUGUUUCUUUUGCUUUAGCAGGUAAAGAACAUUAAAAAAAACAGCAGGUGAUUCUUGAAAUGUUGUAUAUGACUAUAAAUCCUUUGCAUAGCUAACUUGGAGUCAAGACCAUUGAAGGAAAGUCAUUCCUCUGAGAAGCCACCCUUUAUUCAGUUUUGCGUUCAGUUGUGCGUUAGGUCCUGAUGAAGCCCCAUCUGGAACAUUUUGUAAACCCAGUGUGAUUUUAGGGCUAUUCAUCUACUGAGUCAGCCGGCUAGUCUUAUCCCAAUAAGAGCUCAAGAGAAAAGAAUUAGAUGUGUUCAGUUCAGCAAAUGGAAUUAAGAGAUUCGCUGAGUUGCUAGAAGAAACUCCUCCUGGAUGUAGCCCCCAAGGCUGUAGCUGAACAGCCCUACUGUAAGUGCUUGUAUUACACAGCAGUUCUAGUGGUAAGCUGAAACACAUUAGAUCACUACUGACUUGUCUGUCAAAUAUUUUCAAAAUCUGCUGAAGCCAUACAGAAUCUUUAAGUUAUGUACUAGGUAACAAGCAAAGGUGAUAUAUUUAAGAUAUUUACAAUUGUAACUUGUUUUUGUUAGGGAGUAGAGUGCUGUGUGUGAAUUGUUUAGUUUUGUAUUGUGUUUACAGGCUCUUCAAUUCUCAGGGUUCCUGCACAGGUGUGAAAAUGUGGAAAAUUUGUUUGCUUCAGGUAAGAUGUUUGGGGAAAUUAACAAGCAACAUCCUGGAAAAAAUAUGGCUCAGAUUAACAUUAACUUCUUGCUUGUCUGUGAUACAACAAAAAGACUAACUGCAUACAAAAUAGAACCGCAAUUGGCCUGGAUUUGUUAUUGUAGACCACUUAAUAUUUUAAAAGUUAGUUGAAAAGUGAUACUGAUGCAUUUGACAAAUUUAAGACUUUUUUGGUACUGCUUGGGGAAUGUUUUUAAAUGCAAGGCUUGUACAUUUGACAAUGGCCUGUACUUUUACUCAUUCAGCUAAUGAAUUGUUCAGUUAAAUGUUAAUGUACUUACUUUGCAUGCCAUGUUUUAAUCAACCAAUGAAUAUAAUUAUGUAUUUUCCUUUUAAAAUGAAUCUUUAAAGGCUCUCCAUACAUAUUACUUUUGACCUUAUCAAGUUUAAUUCAUAUUAACAUCCAAUUUUAUAAUUGGAGACCGUGGUGCUAUGACUGAUUCUGAACCCAUUUUUCUUCUUUAUUGAAGCCAAAAUCUGUUUGAUAUAUCACUCGCUUUGCCCAGAACAGGGUUGUAGUAAUGCUGCAUGUUCAUUCACUAUUUGUUAUAAUUACUGAAAUAAACCAUUUGCGAGUAACUAUGUGCUAAAUAAUUAUAAAAUAUUUUACAAUUGGAUGCAAACCCAUAAAAUCAGACAGGUAUUUUUUCUUGAGCAAAGUAACUUCAAAUGCACUAGUAUACUGUAUGGACAGCCCUUGCAUUAAAAAAUUUCCGCAUCUCCCUUUUUUGUGGAUCACAAAACAUUAUUGCAGCAUUCCAGUGUAUUAACCAUCUUAAGUUAAAAAGUGAGGCGCUGUAAAUUAUCGCUGUUCAUCUGUUGUGCUGAAUUAGGCCUGACCAGCGUGUAUCGGAGAGAACUAAUCUAUGGUCUGACGUCGGGGUGUAGUGUUACAUCGACUCUUUAACAACCUGGUUAUUCUAGCCAAACGGUUUUAGGUGCCCAAGCAAGAUAGUACUAAAUAUUAACAUUAGGGUAAGUCGUAAGGCAGCUAAGUGUGGUGACCGAAAACCGAAAUUCAUCAGGUGAAAAGUCUAUGUAUUUUGAGUUGCUGUAAACUUGUGACCUCCAGGAGUACUGCAAAGGUAUCUUAGCAAAAAUUACAGGAGCAAUAAAAAAAAUGUAGGGUUUACAAACUGAGUAAUGAGUUUUUUUAUGGAAACCUCCACACAUACAUUUGGGAAGACUUUGAAAUUCAGAAAAGGCAAAUGUGCAGGAACCCUGAGCUCUACAAGUUUUUGCCCCAAGUGUGCGAGACUGUUCUGGCUGAAGCUUUUCUUUUUUUUUUUCUUUUUUUGUGGACCAAAUGUAAUUUUAUUUGCAAUGUGUUUUAC